AUGAAUUUAGAAAAGGAGGUCAAACUACCCAUCUCCCUCAACACGUUCUUCUCAGCCAACUCUACAAAUAUCUUCCGCAACCCAGAUCCUGCAUAUCAUCAAGUAGUCGAAAACCCCUGUGGCGUUUAUAAGCGCCUGGGUGGAGGUGCUGAUGCAGCGAAAGUGGGGUGGACUUGA